CCAGUGGUCCUAUCGCUAUAGUCUCUGUCUGGACCCAGCUCGGCUGUGUGUGAGUGGUGAUGGGGGACUGGAGUCUCCUUGGGAACUUCUUAGAGGAGGUCCAGGAACACUCCACAUCUGUUGGAAAAGUCUGGCUCACAGUGCUGUUUAUUUUCCGGAUCUUGAUUCUGGGUACAGCUGCCGAGUCGUCUUGGGGUGACGAGCAAAGUGACUUCCUAUGUGACACGCAGCAACCCGGUUGUACCAAUGUGUGCUAUGACAGCGCUUUCCCCAUUGCCCACAUCCGCUACUGGGUGCUGCAGAUUGUCUUUGUCUCCACGCCAUCACUGAUCUACAUGGGUCACGCAAUGCACAUCGUACGGCAGGAAGAAAAACGCAGACGCCAGGAGCAGGAGGAGGGCGGGGCUGAGAGCGGAGAGGACCUGGAUGGGGAGAAGGAGUACAUCCAGCAAAAGGAGAGUAGGAGGGAAGUCUCAUCUGAUGUGCCCGGAAAAGUGCGGUUAAAAGGGGCCCUGCUGCAGACUUACAUCCUGAGCAUCUUAAUCAGAACAGUAAUGGAGGUGACGUUUAUUAUUGUGCAGUACCUCAUUUACGGGAUCUUCCUCAAAGCCUUGUAUCUAUGUAAGUCAAGGCCCUGUCCAAAUCCAGUCAACUGUUACAUGUCACGCCCCACAGAAAAGAACGUCUUCAUCAUUUUCAUGUUGGUAGUGGCUGGUGUGUCUUUGUUGCUUUCAAUAUUGGAGCUCUAUCACUUGGGCUGGAAGAGCAUUAAAAAGCGUGUACACAAAAGGAUGAUACAGAGAAAGGCAGUGACAGUGUCUGUAUCUGCAGCUCUUGAACCCAACAGUCCACCACGGCCGUCCACCUGCACACCGCCCCCAGACUUCAGCCAGUGCUUAUCGGACCAGAGCUCCAUGGCGUCACAUCCAUUCAGCAACAGGAUGGCUUUGCAGCAGAACUCAGUCAAUCUGGCCACAGAGAGACACCACAGCUGUGACAAUGUAGAGCACGACAGGGAUUUUCUGAGAAUAAGGUACGAGCAGGUACCCACACAGCUGCCCAACAGCUGUUCACAGUCCCCUCUGAUACAGUCCAGCUUUAGCAAGGACAAUCGGCGCCUUAGCAAGAUCAGCGGGGGCAGUAGUAGAGCCCGCCAAGACGACCUAGCCGUAUAAACUCACUGUGAAAAUAUAAAGCACAAGAGGGUUUGACUGACAAAAUGCUGGGUUUAACUCCCUGUGAGAGACAUGAAAUCUUUGAGAAUAUAUGUUCUGUAAAAUGUUCUAAUGCUUGAAAAAACAAACUGCAAAAUUACUUUACAGGGUUAGAUGUUCUGUAUCUGAUAAUUGCGCCUAAACAUGGAAGAAAGUGGUUAAAACCAGGUCAUAAAAAACUGAUAAACAGACUAUAAAGA